AUGAGUGCAUCUGAUGGUUCCAAUGAACAGCCAGACGAACCCCAAGAACUGAGCUAUGAUCAGCUGGUUGAUAUUAUAGUGAAUGGGAAACCAGUGCCGAACCUCGUAGAGGUGGCUGACCAGGUCCAUGAUGAGUCGCAGUGCUCUGAAUCAAAGUUGUGUCCACGCAAAAAGCCAUGGGAGAGCACAGACGUCCGAGCGCCAAUUACAGAGCAGCCAGUCCCCUUCACCACUCGACCUGCGAGAGAACCUCUGCCUGCAGAUCGUGAGUUUUACUAUUCCAACUAA